GCUACUUGUAAGCCGGGGGCUUUGCUUCGAAUUAAUCCAGUUACCAGCGAGAUACUCCGUGUGCUUUUAACGGGAUCCUAUUCAAACAGGUGUUCGGAGCAGAAACGAUCCCAGGUGGCGCAUGCUGAUCGGUUAUGUGGCCGUGCACAUUGUGAGCAUCUUUGCGCUUUUUCUAAGGGUUGAGCAACCCGCAUCCGAAAAUAGUGAUGGCUGUUAGAAAGUAGGUCGAUAGGAACUGAGAGCAACGUUUGUUUCCACGCUUUUGUCUGUGUUCUUUGUUGUUUAGCAGGGACUGUGGUUUUUUUUUCACAGCCUGCCCCUUCGCGAAGAGCGUUUUACGCACAGGUGGGAGAUACCCGUUCAGCAUAGGACAGCCCCCCUCUCUGCUCCUCAGCGGAUGAUGCGAGGAAGUGACAUUUUUCACCGCUGCGGUUCGGGACAGCACGGCUCCUCUGCAAACAGGUGUGCUGCUGUCCGGGUCACUUUUACUGGAAAUCGACGGGGACGCAGCGUCCCAUAAGCCGAACCGAGUCUUCUGGAACCGGGACAGCGGGGACCAGAGGAGGAAACCCAGCCCGGCGAAGUCUAUUCUUUAUUAGCCUGGGCUAUUUGAACGGGUUCAGGCGGAGGGAGAGAGAGACGGGGGGAGCGAUGGCAACGAAAAAGGCGUGCGUUGAUGCGCCCAAAAGGAGCCGGAGUCCGGUCGUGUUGGAGGCGGAGAUGUUCAGUGAAUUUCAGGACUGGUGUCUCCGGACUUAUGGAGAUUCCGGUAAAACAAAGACCGUCACCCGGCGAAAAUACAACAAAAUCAUGCAGACACUGUUGCAAAACGACGAGUCGGAUGGCGUUUAUGUCGACAACAGCCACAUCAACGCCAAAUUCAAAUUUUGGGUGAAGUCUAAAGGAUUUCAGGUCGGGACCAACGUUUUGGGAGAGCACAACAAGAAAGGAGCUCCCGGGAAACCCGUCCUAUACGUCCCGGUCAAGUCAACGUGUUCGGACGGGAACUCGGCCCAGGACAACUCCUCGCUGAAGCGCGUGGCCGUGGUGGAGGACUUCUUCGACAUCAUCUAUGCCAUGCACGUGGAGAUGGGCGCCGAUCCUGGCAGGGCCCCCAAACACGCAGGCCAGAAGAAGACCUACAAGGCGAUCGCAGAGACCUACGCCUUCCUGCCCAGAGAGGCGGUGACUCGCUUCCUAAUGAGCUGUGGAGAAUGUCAGAAGAGGAUGCACAUCAGUCCCAGCACUGCAGAGUUCAAAGAAAAUGACAGGCCAACCUCUCUGGUCCCUGACCUCAUUGAUUACAACAUGCCUAUUACUGCCACCUACCUGAAGCAGAUGAAGCUGCAGUGCAUGACGACCACCGAAAGGGAUGACAGCUCGGUGAGCAGCGAGGACAUGAACGGAGCUGAGCCCGCAUGGGUCGCAGCUGAGCAGCCCGCAGUGCCUGAGUCCUGCCCCGCUAACGGAGAGAGAGUCAGCAACCAGACAGCUAGCGUUAAAGACGAGGACGAUGACGACUCCUCGGAGAGCGGCAGCGCUAACGGCCUGCCUGCCCUGACCUCUCCGGAGGUGCUGGUUGUGGGUGCGACCCCCCCAGACGGCGGGGCGCCGUACGGGGAGGCGCCGGCGAACGGUCUGAGCGCGCCGCUGGACUUCAGCACCACCUCGUCCUCGUCCUCGGAGGACCAGCAGCCGGUCAACCUGAGCGACAGGCUGCUGCCUGUGGCGAGCUCUCCCCCAAACCCCUUCCCAGCGGAGCCCAACAGGAAGUACCCAGUCAAACCAGAGUACAGCAGCAAGUCCCCACCUUACAGCUCAGGCAGCUACGACUCCGUGAAAACUGAACUGAGCAUGAGCGGAGAGGACUUGACUGCUGGACGGGCGCAGAUAAUUGACGACGAUGACGACGACCAUGACGACCACGAUGAUAGCGAUAAGAUCAAUGAUGCUGAGGGUAUGGAUCCUGAGAGGCUCAAAGCUUUCAACAUGUUUGUGCGUCUGUUUGUGGAUGAGAAUCUAGAUCGCAUGGUGCCCAUCUCCAAGCAGCCCAAGGAGAAGAUCCAGGCCAUCAUUGAGUCCUGCAGCCGCCAGUUCCCAGAGUUCCAGGAGCGCUCUCGCAAGCGCAUCCGCACCUACCUCAAAUCCUGUCGCCGCAUGAAAAAAGGCGGUUUUGAGAUACGGCCAACACCUCCUCACCUCACCUCUGCCAUGGCUGAAAACAUCCUCGCUGCUGCCUGUGAGAGCGAAACACGGAACGCUGCCAAGAGGAUGCGGCUAGAUGUCUACCAAGCGUCGGAUGAGACCGCCGCUGCUGACAAGCCCAACUCCAGAGACCCGGCCUCCGUGGCUCCAUCAGGGUUCGCCAUUUCCAGUGCAGCUUUUGCCCAAGACCAGCUCUACACCAAUGGAGGCCUCAACUACAACCUGCGUGGGUAUGGCACAGUCAGCAGCAGCCAGCAGAACUCUGCUGCUGCACAAACCAAUGGUCCCACAGAUCUGAGUAUGAAGUCGAUCGGCCCAAACUCCUCCUCCUCCAGCUCCAACAGCCACGGCCAGGGAGGCGGCGGCGGCGGAGCUUCGGCUCAGCUCAGCCCCCCGGAGGUCACGGCGGUGAGGCAGCUCAUCGCGGGCUACAGGGAGUCGGCGGCCUUCCUACUCCGCUCGGCGGACGAGCUGGAGAGCCUGAUCCUGCAGCAGAACUGAGUCAGAGCCGAGCCGUGCCAAGACCCCCCGCCUAGCCUGUCCAUCCUCCGUUGCUCUCAGCCACACGCGUUUGGAAGGACUUUCAAACACAAAGACACAAAAGUACUAACGAGCGAUACUGCAGCGAUCAGUGGGUUCUGUAGGUAUGGUACUUUCACUUAUUCCUACAUGUUUGUGUAUUCGGACGGGCCGGAACAUAUCACAGGUUGAAAAAUGUUUAUUUAUGCAUUCCGUUCACUUUGACCUUAGUGCCCUGUUAUCUGUAGCCAUUCAUCCCAUUCAGUUCAGUUCACCACCUCAACCUCCAUUCGUCUCAGGAAGCGAUGAACUAUGUGAAAAAACGAUCCACACUGGUACACAGGGACAAACCAGAGGUGUUCAACUUGUUGUGGCCAUAACAUUCCUGUAGAGGUUUGGACAAACGAGUAGUUAACUAGCAGUGAUUUAGUGCUUGUGUAAAAUAUGCUGUACAGUGACACGACGUGAUGGAGCCAUUUCUGAACGAGAACCCUCUCCAAAGUCAUUCAUGUCACAGAUAAUUCGGAGCGUCGCAUCCCGAACGUCCGUGGAUGAAUCGCUGCUAAAAAACGUGGCCGCCCGCCACUUACCUGUUCACCUCAACAGCUCCUGUAGGAUCUGCUGACAUACAGUUUAGAGAUGUGGAAAGAAUUAGAGAGAGGAAAGCAAAAGCAUAAAAGCGCUUGACAGUUGUCGCUUGUAAAUUUCAACCGACUAAUCCAUUAAGUUGUGUGGUCAAAUGUAUACCUCAAUCCUACUCUCUGGAGUGGUCUCCGCCUUGUUGGGCGCGUGGUUACAAAGAGACAAAGAGUCAUUACACAGCAUGACUUUAGUUUCAGCUCUUUUAUUAUGAAUAUUUCUAUCAAGCUCUCAUUUACUUAACGAGAAAGGAGGUUUUGAAAAAGACCAGGUAUGCAAAUUGAGGUCACAGACACCUGUCAGGGAAAAAAAUGGAGAUUAAUAUAUUGUUUAGACUCUUGGUUUGAAAAAAAAGGUGCAAUAUUAAAGAUAAUCAGUAACAGUUUACUUACUGAAAUGAUUCUAAGGCAUUUAAGGAGGGGAGGACGUCAACACGCUCCCCUCCUGCUGUAACUGUCAACUUGUAAAAAGAAAUGAUAUCCCAUGCAGCAUUGUAGCCAAUUUCAAUGUUGUUAUGUGUUGUGAUCGCUGAUCUUUAUCGCUAACCUCAUAAAU